UCUGAACCCUACCCCAGAGUUCUCAUGUUGUCCUACCUCGAUCUACCUCGAGCAGUUGUCCUGUGGAAUCCACUCUAUGAAAACUUACACUUUAAUGAUGCGGGACUUUCCUCCUGAACUUGUUGUGGCCAUUUUCGCCCAUCUUACUUUAUCCGAGCUGGUAACAUGCCAGUAUGUCUGCCAUAGCUUCAGAGACAUCAUCACUGGCUCUGUGGAAUUGCAGUAUCAGAUGGCGCUCGAGAAAUCCGGCAUGAUUCAUAACCCAAAUAGUGGCAUGUGCGCAUCGGAUUGCCUCGAAAUGCUGAAGAAGAGAGAAGAAGCUUGGACCAAAUUUGAACCAAUAUUCAAGAGGAGAGUACAUGUAGAUCAUCGGGAAACAGGCAUCUAUGAAAUAUCAGGUGGAACAUAUUUCCUCGGCGAGUCCAAGCAUACCAGCAUACCGUUUCUACGACUACCCUCAACUCUGGAUGGUGACACUGAGUGGGACAAGCUCCUCGUCGGUUCCGAAAUCGUUGAUAUCGGGAUCGCACUUUACGAACACGAUCUGUUCACUGCCAUAGUUAUGUACGGCUCCCUAUCGGAUCCUUCGCCUCACCUCAAGGUGAAGCUAUAUCAGCUCUCCACAAAGAGCCCUCAUCCCCUCGCCCUUAAUCACACCAUUCCUGUCCACUCUUAUCCCGUUGGUAGGCUUUCCGUCGGCGUCGAGAUCGUCGGCGACCACCUUGUCCUCGUCACGCGCGAGCAUCUUCUCGUGUUACCGGACAAGGUAUACAUCUUCAAUUGGAAGAAAGGUACACUCCUACAUGUUAUUGGAGCACCCAAUCGAUGCUACACCUCCUUCGUCUUCCUCGACCCACUGACUCUCCUCCUUCCAAACGCCCAUAACGCUACCCUUGAAAUAUGGGAAAUUCCCGAGGGGCGAAUGCGUGCCGCUCUGCACCUUCCUCAACUCAAGAUUAACAUGAGUAUCAGCCAUAUGGCUUGUCGAAGCUCACCCAACCCUGGCAGUCUCAGUACCUACCGACCAUUUCACCCAAACCCUGCCGAAUCGCUACUUAUCUUCCAUAUUCACAUCAAUAGCUUUCAUGGGACAUCUACCGUGGUGUUCCUCGUGCAUCGAAAUGCCCUUCUCGACGUUCAUGAGCAGGGGAACAUCGAAUGGGAUGCAUGGGGUCCGCCCUGCACACGGUGGUUUCCAGCCGACCUGAUUGACUGGAUCACGACGACAACCGGGCAUCGAUAUGUCUUAUGUACGCGGCGGGAGAUUUUCUUGUUCGACUUCAAUCCAUGGAGUUUGCGUAGGGCACGCGUUGCUAAAGACGAACUAGAGGCCGUCAUUGACUCAGUUGUGCCUGACAUGCUUCGCAUGGACUUGCCACUUUUCAUGGAGCCAGUCGUGGGUAAUCUUCCGUUUGUCAUGAAAUGCCUGUCCCACCGUCACGUCCACGGGGUUCUGAUGGAUGAGGAAAGGAUUAUAGGACUGAUACGAGACGGCCGCGGUAUCACUGACCUCGAUGUAAUGUAUUUUGGUUGAUUUGUAUUUAACUCUGGCAAUACUAUCUUUCUUCUCCCGCCACAUUCC